AUGACUGCGAGCAGUCGGCCACGCGCGAAGAGACGAAUUGGAGCAGCACCACAACCCACGGCUGUGACAGAGAAAAGCCAUGCCCCACCAAACAAACCCAUUGCAAGCACGUCUACAACUCCACUGUCCUCCGCAUAUCCCUCCGCGUACCCAACCGAAGACGAAGAUGAGACCCUAGGACCCAAAAUCCAGUCAUUUCGGUUUCUUGCUCUCCCCUCCGAGCUGCGCAACAAGAUAUACUCCUUCGUAUACUCGACUGCUCCUACCGUAAUUGAUCUCGAUCCUCAUACCUUCGCUCUACUCAAUCAACAGAAGCUCCUAUCCCUCUUUCGAGUCUCGCGCCAACUACAUCAUGAAGCAGCACAUCACUUCUUCAGCACACAUACGUUUCGUCUCUUCCCUACGUACCCAGGCCGCUAUUUGAAGACCAAGAAGCCUCUCCUUGCUCGCCUUCCCGCACACUAUAGGGCCUCUAUGACUUCUUUAGAGCUACGCUUGGGACCUGGAUUCAAUAAUCCGCCACAGGGAUGGAUUGUGAAUGAUGCUUUGGGACUUGCUGAUUGUACUACCGUGAGGGUCUUGAAGGUUUUUGUAGAAUGCGAUCCCAGUGAUGCAAUUUUCAAGGGGUUUCGAAUGGGUGAGGGAGCAUACGAGCGUUUCUCCGCAGAGCUAUUGAAUUCGGUCUUGGAGGUAGUUGCCAGUGUCACGACCGUGGAAUUCGAUGCUUGGCCUUCGGUCAAGAGGGGUGGAGAUAUGAUGACCGGACUCGGCGAGGUAGUGGCUCAGCACGAUAAAGUGGUUGGUUGGGGCCCUGAACGAGGUUGGGACAAGGAUAGCGACCAAAUAUGGCUUGAUGCAGUCCUUAUGAACGGUCUUGGCAAGGCUCUUAGCAAGAGCGUUGCCAUCUUCGGUUGA